AAGAGAGGACGGGUAUACUACAUUCGCUCUCGCGAGAUUUUUUUUGAGACAUUCGGAAUAGGAAACGUACAACACAAAAAUUCCUACCUCACACUAUUAACUGCUAAAAUCAACUCAAAUUAACUUAAUCUUUCAUUAAAAAAAGAAGAAUUAUUAGAAAUAGUGGGAGUGUCUAGUAAUCUCAUAAAAUUUUGUGAAGUUUAUUUCUACAAAAUAUUUUUAUUUUGUACAAUAAAUAAUUUUCUCAUUUGCUAUCAAUACUUUAUAAUCGUUUAAAUAAAUAAAUAUUGAUUGGCGUAAGGUUUAUGUUAUUUUUAUGUCUGUUUACUAUUAAUAAUAUUGGAUAUGAGCAGGUGCGUUGGUUUUGUAGUAAUUUCCAGUCACUUCUGACAACUGAAUUUUUCAAAAACGAAAUUACUAACGUCAGUGUCAAAAAAAAUCUCGCGAGAGCGAAUGUAGUAUAACACUCAUUUAAAACACACGUUCCAAAAGUUGGUUUGUUUGUCACCAGAAACAUGGCGGUCACGUCAAAAAUAACAAUGGGUUGCCAGUGGUGGGUGUUCGUUGAAGGUUAAAAUUUCAUAAAAAAUAAUGUAAAUCAUCAUCUAAAAUUCGUAAUAAAAACAUAUGUAUGUAUUGAAACAUAUGUACGUAAUAUGAGCAACUUAAUAAAACAUUUACCGUACACAAAUUCUUCAUUUUAAAUACAUUUCAUGUUUUUAUUUUAAAUACUCAAUGCAUAACAAUACCCCAAAGAUACGUCGAUGAUCAAAAUCUCUGGUGUCAGUUUGGCUUCACUUUUGGUCAUAGGAUUACUCGUCCUCUCUCUUUCCUUGUCUAAGGUUUACAUUUUGUGAUUUGUUUUUUGGUAGGUUAGAAUUUGAAAUAUGUAAUGUGUAUAAAACAAAAAUAAAAGUUUCUGUGAAAAUGACGAAAAGAAUAUUUAAUACAGGGAAUAGAACGACGGCAAACAAAAAACCAAAACUUGAUAAUGAAAUUGAAGCAUUAUGGGGCGACGAAGAGUUAGAUGAAAGUGUCUUUGACGAUUGUAUAAGAUUUGAUAGUCAAGUUGUGCAAGAACAGCCUAGAAAUGAAAAUGAAAGCAUUCUACCAAAUUAUACUAUUUUUAAAGCUCCAAGGGAAAUGUUGUGCUCUACACAAUUGGAAGUUCAUGCAACAACUAGUAUGUCAAAUUAUGAUGAUGUAAAUAAAAAAACUAGCAUUGAACUUGAAAUUCAAAGACUAAAAGUACAGUGUAAAGAAAAAGAUGGGGAAGUAGCAGUUUUAAGAAGUCAAUUGCGUGAUAUUCGAGCCCAAAGCAAUGUAGAUUUUCAGAAGUCUCAAGCAGAAUGGAAAACUAAAUUUACUACUACUGAAAAGCAGAUACACACAGUAAAGAGUGAGUUAGAGUUUAAAAAUUUAGAAAUCGCUAACCUCAGACAAAAAGUGAUUAGUAUCAGUAAGGCAAAUGCAAAUAUAACAGUCAAUAAUGAUUCUACUAAAAGCCCCAAACCUUCAUUGCCCAAGGUUCAUUCGAAAGAAAAACAAAAGGAUUUAUGCCACAAAUUAUGCAUUACUUCUCUUACUGAUUACCCUUUACAAGGAGUAGUAAACGAAUCUAUGGUUACCAUAUUAAAAAAUGAAAAAUUUGUACUGGAAAAUAAACAGAUCCAUUCAUUUAAAAACGCCAUCCCUUAUCUUCAGAAUAAAACUAUAUCUACAAGGGUCAUACUAGAUAAAAACAGAGCGGACAUACAACUGAUUUACCCCAUUUUAUUAAAAUUUUGUGAAUAUAGGAGAGAAGAGAUUGAUUCUUCGAGAAAUAUUAAGGAUAUAAGCAAGAUAGUGUGCACCACUUUGCAGUUAUUAGAUGAUUUAUAUAUUCUGUUGCAUGAAAUUAAAAGGAAUCUGCGAACGGAAGAUAUCUUAGAGGCCGACUCUGUUUAUCUGAAGAGAAUAAAUUGUCUUUCAGAAUUUGACGGGUCCAAUAAGAAUGAAGUGGGUAAAAAGUCUUCAUUUUUAUUAAAUUUCUUAUCCGAACUAUUGCCUUACUCUACAUAUCUAAAGGAUUAUUUUUUCGAAAAUAAGCAAUUAGUUUUAAAGGAAUUAGAAACCUUUAGGAAUAGUCUACCAUAUAUUUCUUCAAAGAGGAUCCAUACCGGAGAAGAUUUUUUAAAUAAAUUAAUAUCCGUUUUAAGUAUGCUUGGUGAAAUAAGGAAAACCAAUGUGAUGUCCUCAUUCCUAAAAUCAACAAUAUAUCUUUUAACAAAUAUCUGCAAGCUUAAAGGCUACGAAAAUUUGGAAAAUCUUGUAUGUCUUAGUACCAAGGAACUUAUUUUUUUACGACCGUCUCUAGAAACAGCAUUCCAGCUAACUUAUUUAUUACGAGAGGCUUCAAGAUACACGUCUUUUGUUCAAUUUUUAUUGAAUAAGGCAAAGAAUGAUGGUAUUACUAAAAAUAAGAAAGUUAUAUAUUUUAAUAAAGAUGCUUGUCGUUUUUAUAUAUUUGUCCUGAUAUUUGACCGAUGUCUAAGUAAAAAGAGAAAUGUGCCUUUAGAGAUUUGUUUCAACAUAUUAUCUUUUAUAUACAACACUUACAAAUCAUCAUAUUUUAUACAUCACCAAGAUAUAAAAGAAUGUGAUUGUUUGCCUCAGUUAUAUAAAUUAGUAAUUGAAAUCAUUCAUCGAACGGUUGAAAGGUGUUUAGAUGAAAAUAGUAAUAUAGGUGGAAAAGGUGAACGUGUUCACUUCUUCGAAAGCAAAAUUAUUUUAAAAGUAUUAAAUCUGAUGACAUUCAACUGUUACGAACUGACAGCAAAAUAUAUAACAGUUUAUUCGCAAUUUAAGGAUAUAGAGAGAAGAUUUAGAGAAAAAGGAGUUUGUGACCUAGAUAGGAUGAACAUUAACGAAGAGAUACCAGAAAUUGAUAGCAAGAAUUUUGAUAACAUAGGAUUUUAGAUAUUCAGCUGUGAUUCAAUUUACUGCAAUUAAUUUGCACAUCAUACACAAAUUAUGACUAAUAAGUACUAUGUAGACUUUAAUGAACAUUGUGUUUUAAAGAGUCAUUUUCAAGUACUGUGUAGAAUAUCAAAAUUGCUCAUCAGUAUAAUUUGUUUAUAAAAGCAUAUUUUUGAUAAAACCGUAUUUGUAAGAAAUUGUAUGUAAUGGUACACAAUCCAAGAUUGUUACUGAAAAAUUUUAGCUAUGGCUUAUUAGGAAAAAAAUGAUCGAAAUAAUACUAUUUAAAAAAACAGCAAUCGUAACCACCUUUAGUUUGUGAAAGUAAUAUUUAUUUCAUACCUGUUACUUGUUCACUUCUCAUUCUUUAUGUACCACAUCAGAGUUAUUUGACAUUGGUGAUCACCAUGGCGAAGGCUUUACGGCCUCCUGCUAUCUAAGUAAAUUGCUCCCUCCGCAUUUCGUAUUUCAUUCCAAUCUUAAAUAUUGUCAACCAAGAAGCUUGUUUACCUUUACUCCGCUUUGUCCUAUUUUUUCACUUGAAAUCCAUUUGUAGUAUUCUAUAACUAUUUGCUGUCAAUCUACGACCCAAAUGAGAUUUUCCUAUUAACAGUUUUUAUUAAUUCUCUAUUCUUGUUGAAUCUUCUCAAACUUCAUUGUUGUUUAUGUGAGUCAUCCAAAUAAUCUUUAAUAUUCGUCUACGUAUCCACAUUUUCAAAGCUGGAGUUCGGUUUAUUAUUGAUACUUUUAGCGUCCAUGAUUCUACUCAAUGCCACCCCUAAAAGCAAUUGCCAAGAUACAUUUUUUCUCGUUAUUUUACCUAGUUUAUGUUUUCCAUGUUAAUAAAUAAAUUAAUAAAUAUAUCACAUGUUCUUUCCCGAUUUAUUCUAAGGACCUAGCAACACUGCCAAAUACCAAAUUUUGUUAUUUUGUAGCUAUAUUCACACACCCUGAAUCUGAAAAUUGCCCCAUAAUUGUAUUAGUUAUUUGGUUUAUUUUUAUAAAAGUUGCACAAUUAGAAAUUUAAACAUUCGAAUACCUAUCAUCGAAUUCAUAUUUCACCUACGGUUAUGUUGAGUUAUUUGAGUUUUUAUGCCAAAUGGUCUAAAAUGGGUGACAGACACACAAACUUUAAGUACGCGAUUUUAAAGAUCGCGGACGUACUCGACUCGACGUCGGUGACACACGGCAAGCUUACUCAUACUGCAUUGCGAUGUCGUCGAGAGAAGACAUGCACAAAAAUAACAAUUAUUCAAAAACAAAAAGAAAAAUUACCUUGUUUUAGUCUAAUGUAACUACUUAUCAAUAUUUAAUUAGGUUUACUAAAAAACAAAUACAUAAUCAUAAAUAAUGUAGUAUAGCUUAUAAUAGUUUUUUACGUUUUUCUCAAAACUUAUAAAAUGUAACUUGUCUCCUUUCAACAAUAAACGAUUCAAUUAUUUAUGGGCAAUUUGCGUAAUUAGUAAAAAUAUAGGCGUAGCAUACGCAAUACAAUGACGGCUCGAAGCAGUGAUACUUGUACAAGCUACGAGCAAGAUUUAAAACCGGUUGGAUCAACGACGAACUUACUCGGCAAACGAAAGCCGGAGAUAUACAUACACAUGCCUGUAACUAGCAUACCAGUACCUAGUACGCACCAGCUACAGUCCCCAAACUGGCAAGUGUGUUAUACACUGUGUGUACCUUAACUGGCAUGCUAGCUAAUCACAAACAAUUUCAUUUUUCGUUCUAGUAGCGUGCUUUGAGAUGAAAUGCGCAUGCGUGGGGAAUGACACAGGCAUGUGUGAACGCGCGCUACUGGCAUGCCAGUAGCUAGCAGAGAGUUGUGGUGUAGACGGAAGACCUAAUCUGUUGUUUUGUUAAUAAAAAUUAUUGUUUUAUUUUUAAACUUUUAAAUUUAAAUGCCUCGUUUGGCCGAUAAGGAAACUAUCUUACUUUAAUAUUUUUCUGAUGAAAACCACUCAAUUUUUUACUGGCACUGGCAUGUGCAAAAAUCUACGCCGCUUUUUUGCCUGGACAGUAUAGGUAUGCGAGCUAAACUUUCUAAAUUUAAAAGCAUGUGUGUACCCGGCUUUAAAGUACGCGUACUUACGGUGACACUCGUUCGAAAAAGGUCGUCGAGCCAUAAGUUCGCGUACUUACUCGCGUGUCUGUCACCCCUUUAAAUUUUCCUGUACAUUCCUUAUUAGCAUGGUUUUGUAUAUCUUAAUAUGCAUUUUCUCAUGAGCAUCUUUCAGUACGUCACAGUUUUUCGAUUUCUUUCUCACGCAUUAAAUUGUAUGUGACAGAAAAAAACGCACGUCGGUGAUUACAUUUCGUCGGUGACAUUUAUAACAUUUAUUCUAGUUGUCAAUAGGUGGCGCUAUAAUCGAAAAAAAUUAUUUACAAAUUAUAUAAUAAUAUUAGCAACUCAACUAUAGCAUCUCUUCAUGAAACUAUAACUUCGGAUCUACUGACGAUAAAGACCUGGUCCGACUCUAAUUUACUCUCUUUUAAUGUAGAUAAAACAGUAGCAUUAUCCUAUAAAGGAUCUCUUCAACCUUUGCCUCUUAAUAACAGCCAGAUCAGUACCGUUGAUUCUGUAAAAUUUCUUGGUAUUUUUUAAACAGCAACCUCAAAUUGUCCCUUCAUAUCGAUUCGUUAAGUAAGAAACUCGCCUCAGCUUGCUAUGCAAUAAGAUCUGUCUCAAGGGAACUCAAUUUAGCAUCUUCUAAAAUAACAUAUUUUUCGUUAUUCGAGUCUCAUCUUCGAUAUGGUCUUCCUUUUUGGGGUUCUAGUACAGCUGCUCAAUUUGAUGUUAUUUUUAAAUUGCAAAAAAGAGCAAUAAGGUAUCUGUUUGGCCUCAGAAGAUCUACACAUUGCAGAAGUUACUUCAGUAAUCACGGAAUUUUAACACUUCCAUCUUUAUAUAUUCUAGAAACGGUUUGUUUAAUUCGUAAACACUUUCAUGCCUUUCCAGCAAGGCCCAAUCAUCUUUACUCCACCAGAAAUUCAAUCUUUGAUAUUUAUUUACCGAUCCCAUGCACUGAGUUAGUAAAGAAAUCUAUAUUAUAUUCCGCAAAAAAACUUUACAACCAUCUGCCUUUACAACUUAAAUCUGCAACAUCUUUCCCAAAAUUUCGUAAACUGACAAAAGCCUAUCUAUCUAAAAGACCAUAUUAUUCAAUAGAAGAAUUUCUUAAUGAAUAACUAAGAAAAUUGGGUUUCAUACGCAGUAGCUUAAACUGUCAAUUCCUAAUGUUGUAUUUUAUUUAUUGUAUGUUCAGUUUUCAAUUUGCAAUGUAUAUAAAUUUUGCAAUUAAGUAAUUGUUUUUGUCUUUGGUUUUAUAUCUUAUUUACUGUAUAUUGACGAUUUAUCUAAUUUUAUUAAAUUGUAGUUGUUAUUUGUUGUUGAUAUUAUUUUUCUUUUGACUGUAUGUAAGCUUUGUCCAUAAAAUUGUAAAAAUUUUCAGUGACAAUAAAGUAUAUUUCUAUUCUAUUCUAUUAUAUCUACGAAUAUAAUCUGUACUAAUAAUUUAUAAGACUAUACAAAUCAAAGAAAAUACCAUUUUAUAAAUGCAAUAAACAAUUGAUUUGUUUUUAUGCCAAAUUGCAAAUAGAAUGUGACAACUGUCAGAUUUAACUAAAAUGUCAUGUCACUAAAAUGUAUAUUAUCACGGACUUACCUUUUUUCUAUCAUUUGUGACGCACUGAAAAAUGCUCAUGAAAAGAAGCAUACCUUCAUUUGAUGAUAUGUAUGUAGGAUCUAUUUUUACAUUAUUAUUUUUUACUUUGCCAACUCAAAAGAUUUUUUAAUAUAAACAUAGUUUCCAAAGUUAUCCAUCACCUAUAAUUAUGCUCAUUUUCAUGGUUUAUAUUUUUUCAUGAACAGAUUAAGGGAUUCCGCCAUUUGUUUUAUUAUUUUAAAUUUUUCUUUGGUAUUUACACAGUUGAGCAAAGGUUUGCCCAAACUUCGUUUUUAUACUUUUACCGGGUGGAAGAAAAGAAAUGUUUUUCUUAUCUUAAGUUUGAGACACUCUAUAGGGAGGACAAGGUACAAGUGUGAGUAUGCAUCGAAAUCGUAUUAUAGUCUUAUGAUUUGUGAACAUUUUGUUUUUUUUAAUAUCCCUGAUAUCUUUAGAAACAAAGAAAAUAGACGGUUUUAUUCUUUAACAUGUGUUUUAACUGAAACAAAAGUUUGAUACACCCUGUAGGGAGGAAAAGAUACAAAGGUGGGUAUACAUCGAAAUUAUGUUGUAGUCUCAGAUUUUGUGAACAUUUUAUUUGUUUAGUUUCUCUAAUAUCUUUCAUAACAAAGAAACUAGACGGUUUUACUCUUUAGUAUGUGUUUUAACUGACGACAUGCUAUACGUGAGGAGCUUAUGUCUUACCAUACACUAAGAUGACAUUAUAUCCUAUAUAUAAUGCGAAAGGAACAAAGUGUUCAAAAAAAGAAAAUCUGUGCAAUGUACCUCUCGAUAUUUAUAGAGACUCCACGUAGACACCAAAUCCGUACUUACUCUCAAGGAAAUUCCACCCCAAAACAUCACAGAGCCUCCAUUAGACAAUCUCGUCUCUCUUAUGCUGCGCUGUGCAUACCGCUCACUUGGUCGACAAAUAACUUAAGGUGUCGACCAGGAUUGUUAACGUUAUGUGCCUUUCUGUUUUUGAAGGUUUCUUAACUGUUAUUUUUUAUUAUUAAUUUAGUUUUGUGUCAGUUAACCACGUCACGUUAAAGAAUAAAAUCGUCUAUUUUCUUUGUUAAAGAUAUCAGGGACAUUCAAAAAACAUAAUAUUCACAAAACAUGAGACUAUAAUAUGAUUUCGAUGUAUACCCACAUACACUUAUACCUUGUCCUCCCUGCAGGGUCUCUCACACUUAACAUCAAAAAAGAUAUAUUUUCUUCCACCCGGUAUAAGUUCAAAAAAGAAGUUUGAGUAAACCUGUACCCAACUGUGUAGAUACCAAAGAAAAAUCUAAAAUAAUAAAAAAAUUAGCGGAAUUCGUUAAUCUGUUCACGAAAAUAUCAAAGAUGAAAAUGAGCAUACUUUUACCCGAUGCAUAACUUUUGAAACUAUGUGUAUAAUAUAAUUGUAUAAUAUGUAAUACAUAGUGUAGUAUCGGUUAUACAGUGCGCUGGAAUAAGUGUACCCGCCCCCUUAUUAACUUAUUUAUUUUUAGUACAUAAGCAAAACGCUCGGACAGGUCGAUUUUUAAAAUAUUCAUAGUAUAUUAUAGCAUCAAUGUUUCGAACUUUACGCGAUCCCUCUUCAGGUGACAGGCACAACUUUGAUUUUUUUUAAAUGGGAAAGUACAUCAUGUGACACCUCAUUUAAAAGAUUUUUAAAUACUGAUUACAAAAAUAUUUUUUUUAAGCUCCAUUUAAUUUACAAUCUCAUUGGUCUCAUUAACUCGAAUUUUCCAUUUUUUUAACCAUGCCUGGAUAUUAUUAAGGCUGGCUUGUAAGUUUCUUGAGGCAGUUACUGGAUCAUGAUGUGAGGCGAGUAUUGCAGUGUCAUCUGCGAAGGUUGCUGUUAUUGUAGUUCUUGAAGUUGGUAGAUCUGCAGUAAAAAGCUGGUACAGCAUUGGUCCUAACACGCUACCUUGCGGUACUCCUGAUUUUAUUUGGUGUAAUUCUGAAUAUUCUGAAUGGUAUUUAACUGAAAAGAAUCUGUCAGAUAAGUAAGAAUUUAGAAGUUCAUAAUACGGAUGAGGCAAUAGGUUUUUUAGUUUAUAGAGUAGACCUUUGUGCCAGACUUUAUCGAACGCUUGGCUUAUGUCAAGAAACGCUGCUGAGCAAUAUCGUUUAUUUUCAAAGUCGUUGCUGAUAUGUUUUACUAGUCUAUGGACUUGCUCUAUGGUUCCAUGUUCUUGUCUAAACCCAAACUGAUGUUCUGGUAUGAGAUUUUUGCUAUCUAGUAUUGGCUUGAUGCUUUUCAUUAUUAAUUUUUCCAGCACUUUGGAAAGCACAGGCAGUAAACUUAUUGGCCUAUAUGAUGUUAAUUCCUCUAGUUUUUUUCCUGGUUUUGGGAUCAUAAUUAUAACUGCCAUUUUCAGUUGUUGCGGAAAAUAAUUUAAUCUUAUUAUUGCAUUAAAAAUUUGUAAUAUUGCCGUUACUCCUUUCUUUGUUAAUUUUUGUAGUAUCCUACCCGUUAUCAGAUCAUAACCAGGAGCUUUUUUAGGAUUAAUUUCUUUCAUUAUUACAUCCUUAACUUCAUUGUACUUAAAUUUCGGUAUGGGCAGCUCCAUUUGGUAAGGUUCAUUUAGUACUCUAUUUAUUUCCUCCAAUUCUUCAGGUGUUGAUUCCAAGCUGUUUGGUUGAAAGACUUGUGAGAGAUAGCCACCAAAGGCAUCUGCCUUCUCUAUGUUAUUUCUUGCCCAUUUGCCAUUGCUUUUUCUUACUGGUGGUAUUGGUGUCUGAGGACUUUUUAGUUUCCUUGUGGCUUUCCAUAGUGAGUAGUCGGUGGCUUCUGUUGGUGUAAGCUCUUCUAAGUAUCUUUGUAUAGAAUCAUUUUUUACUUCAAGUAAUAUUUUUCUAGUUCCCUUGCUGCUUUAUUAAAUUUAUUUUUAUUGCUCACUGUUCUGUUUUGUUGCCAAUUUCUUCUUAGCCUUCUUUUCUCUGAAAUGUUUUCUUUUAUAGUUGGAGGGCAGGAUUCUUUUCUUGUUGACUGUAGUUUGGAGUUGCUGCCCAUGAAGCUUUCUGUAUAUUUUUUAUGAGGUUAGUUAUCGCCCAUUCAAUAUCUGCAGGUGUUUUUAAUGAUAUUUUUAAAUUUAUUGCUUCAUCUAAUACUUCUUGAAAAGUAUCCCAAUUGGUCUUUUUAUUGCACAGAGCGGGUGGAUUCGGAUUCUGAGUUAUAUCGGAGUACAUGUUCAUAAGGACUGGAGUGUGAUCCGAAGACAUGUCUAAGCUGGAUCUUGCUGUGACUAGUUUACUGUCAAUUCCUUUUGUGAUAUAGAAAUCAAGAAGGUCUGGUAUUUUAUAAGGGUCCGAAGGCCAAUAUGUGGGUUCUCCUGUUGACGGGUAGUUUAGAUUAUUGCACUGCAUUGCAGUUAGUAGUUCACGACCCUUAGUAGUUGUAACUCUCGCACCCCAUACUGUGUUUUUAGCGUUGUAAUCUCCACCCGCUAUAAAUUUGUUUCCAAGCGUUUUGAAGAAAAUCUCAUAGUUGUCUCUUUUAUUGUUGUGCUUGGGAGGGCAGUAUACAGCAGAUAUUUUGGUGAUUCCAGUAACUCCUUCUAUUGCAAUGGUAGUGGCUUGUAGGUGAUUUUCUGUAAAUCGUUCCAGUUCGUGAUGUUUAAUUGAGUUUCUUAUUAGUAUUGCUGUGCCUCCAUGUGCAGUCCCAUCUGGGUGGUUGGUAAAGUAAAUUUUGUAGUUAACUAGGGCUAGGUGACUUUUAUUUGUGAAAUGAGUUUCAGUAACUAGCAUGACAUCUAUUUCAUUGUUGGUUAUGAAACUUUUGAGUUCAUGAGUAUGCUGGUUUAAGCCGUUUGCAUUCCAUAAUGCUAUUUUUAGUGUUUGAACCAUUAUGACCUAUUUGAGACAAGAGCGGUGAUAAGAUUCAUUAUUGUUCCCAUUUGCGUAAUGAGAUCUCUCAUCAUUGCUUUUAGGUCAGAGAUAUCAUUAGGUUGACUUAUACUAUUUUGUUGGUACAUAAUGUUACCUUCUUGUUGAUUAUUUUGAUUGGUUACCUGUGCAUAUGUCAUUCCUUGUGUUGUAGCCCUGUUUCCUUUAGAUGUUUGUCCAUUUCGUUCUCUAAGUUUUGGAUGCAUUUUCUCUUGAAGUUGCUUAUGUAUAAUACACCCUCUGUAAUUUGCGGGAUGCUGUUCUCCACAAUUUACACAUGUCACAUUUUCAUCUUUUAUUUUCCUGGUACAUUCUGAAGUGUGAUGUGACCCUGUGCAUUUUACACAUCUGGAUUCUCUAUGGCAAAAGUUUUUUGUAUGACCGAAUCUCUGACAUUUGGUGCACUGUGGAAUAACUCUUCUAGCAUAAGGGGCUUCAAUUGUAACUAUCGAGUGUCCUAGUUUCUUGACAUUAUAGAUGUCUUUAUUAUUUUCUUUAAUUUUUAGAUUGACAAAGAACAUGGGCAAUGGUUUUUUUGUUAUGUUUUGUUUAACAUUCCAUAGAUUUAGAACUUCAUGUCCAAGAGCUUCUAUGUCCCGUUUAAUAUCGGCAGGAUUUGUUGAAUAAUGAAUAUUUUUUACUACUAUUCUAAAGGGAUUGCUUUGUUUAGACUGGUAUGUAUGAUACUCUGUUUUUUUAGUGUCCAAUGCUUUCACUAUAGUAGUAUAUGCUUCACUCGAAGUUGGUUGGAUUCUUACUUGACUUUCACCCAGGGCUUUUAAGGUGUACUGAUCUUUAGCAAUUUCAAUAAGAAGUUUAUUUAAGGGAUUCAUAUCUUCGACACCGGAUACAAAUAUCGGUGGUGGUUUGGGUUCUGUUUUUUCCGUUUCUCUUUUAGAUUGGUCUAUUUUAUCCUCAUCUUCUUCUUGGAGAUUGUUAUAUAUAUUGCUGGUGCUGGUGCUAGGUUUAGACAACCAAUAAUCUUUUAUUUUGGUUUAUCUUUUAGCGUUCCUGUUAUCUUCAGGGCUUAUUUGCCUUUUUUUGUAGUUCACUGUUUGCCAUUCAUUGUCCUGAGUAGUUGCAGGUGCAGUUAAACUGUUGUUUGUUCCAGAAGGGAAGUUGUUUUGGUUAAAGGGUUGUCCAUUUAUGAUAUUGUGCCAUUGUGAUAAUGGCAUAAUUGGUUGCGUGUUUAGGUAAGAUGUAGGUUGGUACAAAGGUAUUGGUUGAUUCACUAGGAUUUGACCAUUAUUAUCAGUAGGGACAUGGUUUGGUUGCAGGAAUGGAUUAUUUGUGUAAUUAUAUGGAUCUGUCAUUUUUUACUCAAUCUAUAUUUACCUUAAGUCUUACUUUUACAAAAAUUAACAUCACAAGUUUUUUUGCAAAAAACCGCUAUCGGUUUUGAAAUUUUUUAUUUUUCUUAUUUUUUGUGUUUUAUAUUUUUUUUAUUAUAUUUCUCAUGUAUUAUUUUGUGAAAAUCGUAAUAUCUACUGUUUAUUUAUUUAUUUACUGAAAUAAUACUGACCGUUAUUUUGGAGCGUUGCUUCCCACCUUUACAUUCACCAACAAUUACAACACAAAAAGGUAUAAUGUUUUAACACAAAGUUCGAACGUUUAUCACCAAUUAGCACUAAACAAUGUUUUUAGCGGAACAAACACUCUUGAAAACUACAUAAGUCUUUCUUAUGAAAGGAAAACCUUGCAUGUUCAAGAACAAUUUCUCCAAAAAUUUUAAAAUAUAAAAUAUACAAGGUUUGUUUAUCACAACUUUUUUGUUGAUCGACAACCGUUCGCUUUGGCUGCUAAUUGACGAUCAGUGACAUGAUCAGCUAAGUGACAUCAUGUGACACCUCAUUUAAAAGAUUUUUAAAUACUGAUUACAAAAAUAUAUAACACUUUAAUCCUCUUUAAGAGCGUAUGCGCAAAAAUUUCUAAAAAUCAGACUAAAUUUUCUCUUUUUUUCACCCCUGUGUCUUAUUAAAAUAAUCAUUAUAGUAGUUUUCAGGGACUUUCGACCCUCGAUAAUACUGUAAUAUUUCAUUCUGCGUUUAAAUUUUUCAAAAAUACGUAUUAGUUUUCUCAGGAUUCGAAAAAAAAAUGAAUACAUUGAAAAAUAAUUCGACCGAAAUUUUGCGCCUACGCUUUCAAAAGGGAUUAAAGCAUUAUACAUUUUUGUAAUCAGUAUUUUAAAAACUUUUAAAUAAGGUGUCGCAUGAUGUACUUUCCCAUUUAAAAAAAUCAAAGUUGUGCCUGUCACCUGAAGAGGGAUCGCGUAAAGUUUGAAACAUUGAUGCUAUAAUAUACUAUGAUUAUUUUAAAAAUCGACCUGUCCGAGCGUUUUGCUUAUGUGCUAAAAAUAAAUAAGUUAAUAAGGGGGGGGUAACACUUAUUCCAUCGCACUGUAUAUUACUGCUGAUUCCCAAUUUUCUGAACCGCAUUCAAAAAAUAAUUUGAUCCAGGAUAGUAUUUUUCUCUAAACCUAAUUAUGAACUUCUUUCUUCGAUUGUCGGUUUUAUUUAAGAUAGAUAAUAAGAUAUUUAGCAUUAUGGUUUAUAUUGCCUCGUUAACAUUAUGACUUUCCAUUUUAAUAAAUAAUUAUUUCAGACUGAUUUACUAAAUUUUUAAUUUUUAUUAUGUUAAAAUCAUUUGAAGAGAUUUUCUUUUAUGAAUUGAGUUAGUUUGUGAGCAUUCUGAAUAUUGUUUAUGUAGGUUUGAUAUGGCAGUGAAAAAAUGUUUCUGCUUCUCCUAUGACCUAGUAUUUUGUUAAUUUUUUUGUAUCAAAUUGUUUAUUGUAUUCUGAAACUGUAAUUAAAAAACAAACUUUAUCUAUAGAGUGUUGACCCCCCCCCCC